AUGGCCACCACCGCGACAGCGCCCACGCGCGACCCCGCCCUCGUUGCGUCCAUCGAGCAGCGCAACAACACGUUCUCUACCCUGCUCCGCCUCAUCCCCCAGCAGUACUAUGUCGCUGCCACCGAGGAGGAGCUCGACUCGCGCUGGAUGAAGAACAAGAAGCGCAAGACUGGUGACGAGAUCAAGGAGCACAAGAGGAGGGUCAAGCAGGACAAGCUCGACCCGUCCAACCUGCCCGGUGCCGACGUCGAGAUGGUCGAGGAGGCGUCCACUUCGUCUGCGCUGCCUCCCGCUCUUCCUGCGCUUUCGGCGCUCCCUCCCGCGGCGUCGAUCACCGACCUGCGCGACCGCAUGCGCGCCAAGCUGGACGGCUACAAGCGUGCCCGUGGUAUCGACGACAACGAGGAUCCCCAGAGCCGCGAUGCGCUCGAGGCCGCGCGCAGGCAGAGGCGCGGUGAGAUCCGCGACAAGCGCCGCAAGGAGCGCAAGGAGGAGCGCAAGAAGGCCCGUGUGGAGGUGACUGCGAAGACUGCCAAGACCCAGCUUCUCGUCCCCAACCUCCCCAAGCCCGACGACAGCAUCUCGUUCCCCUCGGUCGCCCUCCCCAGCGCCACCAAGCGUUCCGGAGCUCCCCUCAAGAAGCUUUCCAACCCUUCUCAGGCUCUCGCUCACCUCGAAAAGCACAACGCCAAGCUGGCUUCGCUGCCCGAGGAGAAGCGCCGCGAGAUUGAGGAGAAGGAGAGGUGGGCCAAGGCCGAGGAGCGCGCUGCUGGUGGCAAGGUGGCCGACCAGGUCAAGGUGCUCAAGAAUGCCGUCAAGCGCGAGGAGAAGAGGAAGGGCAAGAGCGGAAAGGAGUGGGUUGAGCGCAAGAAGACUGUGGACAAGUCCACGGCCAUGGCGAUCAAGAAGCGCAACGACAACAUCAACUCGCGCCUCGAUGCGCGCCGCAACAAGCGUCUCGGUAUCAAGGACAAGACCAAGGCCGCGGCGGGCAAGGGAGGCAAGAAGGACCACAAGUCGCGCGGCGACCGCGGUGACAAGGGCGACAAGAAGGGUCGUCCCGGAUUCGAGGGCAAGAGCGGCACCGACAAGAAGAAGCGUGCCGCUCAGCGCGCCUAG